AUGAAAGUCUUUAGUUGCUUGCCACCUGCCCCAAACUGGAAUUCCUCAAAGGCUGCAGCAGUCUCUUUAGAAGAAAACUUACUUGCUUAUGCCUCUUCAAACGACGUUAUUUUAUUAAAUGCUGGAACGCUUCAAUAUGUGGGUAGAUUUCGCGGGCAUACAGACAAGGUGAACGCCGUAGGAUUUUGUGAUAACCUUUGUGCUAGUGGAGGUGCCGAUACCACAAUAAGAUGUUGGGAUACGCUGACCCAAAAGCAAACAGCUAUUUUGAAACAUCAUAAGAGCGAAAUUUAUGCUUUGGCGUGGGUAAAAGACAAAAAAUUUGUAGUAUCAGGAGAUAAAUCCGGUGAUAUUUCUAUAUGGAAUCCAUCAAAAAACAAGUCCAACAAGCUUUACCUCAUUCAGUCUCCAAUAUAUGAUAUUUCACCAUCACCUACCAUUGAGAGUUCAUUAGCAAUUGGGAUAACGCGCCGACUAAAUGGUCACGAUUUUGAAAUUCAAAGUUUAUCAUGGGAAUUACCAACUGGGGAUUACGAUACUGCAAAGUAUACUUUACUCGCAUCCGGCUCUCGAGACAAAACAAUACGCAUUUGGAAUGUCGAUGAAGAAAGUUCGAUAAAGACAAUUAAUUUACCUCAGCCGAUGCACCAUCUCACCGAUCAACAAAAAUCCAGAGUGUGGGUGGCUGCAACAUGGAUUCCGGAUCGUAAUAGUGUGAUUACAAGCUCAUAUAUGGGUGAUUUACUUUUAUGGGAUUUAAGUGUUUCAACUACGAAAUACCAAAAAUUUUUGAGUGGCCAUUCUCGAAGCGUUUUUUCAAUUGUGAUGUAUGCGUGUGGUACGAAAGCUAUAACAAUCUCUAUGGACCGAAAGAUUAUUCUCUGGGAUCUCAUCCAAAAGAAACCAAUUUUUACUGUGUCCUGCAUUCACAAUUAUGUUAAUGACAUCGAUGUUUCUGUGGUGGAUCCACAUAGACUUGCCAUUGCAAGUGGUGAUAAUAAUAUCCGUGUAUGGAAUAUCGCGAAUAAACAUGAUCCAUAUAGCUGCACUUUGUAUUGGAAAGGCUUGAAGAAUAAACUUACAUGCAUAAAAUGCCAUCCAAACCGUGAAGGAUUCCUUGCAUUUGGAACCGAUCUGGGUAAUAUUGGCUGGUAUGAAUGGUUGGGUCUAGGCUUAGCAGAUGAGAAUUCAGACUAUAAUUUAAUUAUAAGUUGUGGAGGGGAUGGACAAAUACUUUUAAGCGAUACUACGAAACCAAAGCAAUCUAUGAUUGUCAAUGACAUGAUAAAAGAAGCAAAUCCCGAGUGGACCUCAAUUAUGAAGGAUAAGUCUGGUUAUCUACCGAAACGUAGUGAAAUAGCGGUUCAUCCAGGUGGUAAAUUUCUUGCUAUUGGUAAUGUCGAUGGCAGUAUCGAGGUUUAUAAUCUACCGUCCUUAAAAAUUGUCUACCAUAAUAUCGGCCAUCGAUCCAUAAUCAAUAAACUUGAAUGGCGCCAUUUAGAUGACGUCGGAAAUUCGUUUUUACUCGCUUCUGGCGCAGAUGACAAAUUAAUCAUGGUUCACGAUUUUUCUGAUUUAAAUAAAUUGAUUUCUACAACUACUGUACCAACUUCUUCAUGCAAACAAGUGCUUGAUAUGCAUAAGAAAGGAGUGACUGACUUAUCCUGGAGUCCUUCUGAUGCUAAUAAAUUGGUCUCUUCAUCGUUUGAUGGCACAGCUAUUGUAUGGAAUUUAGAACAUGGCAUUCCGAUUGCUAUGUUUCGUGGCCAUCAUGGUCGGUUAUUAUGUACAGUUUGGAGCUUGGAAGAUGAAGAUACGAUUUUUACUGGUGGAGAUGAUGCUUCGUGUUUUUGCUGGAAAAUAUCCCAAAACCCAUAUGAACACUCUAAAGAAAUAGAUUUCAGUUCAGAAAUUAAAAGCAACACUAUGUCUGAUGCUGUUGCUAAAGAUAUGUCCCAGUCAUUAGAAGAAACUAUUUUAACGACACUCGAUAAGGUAGAACAUACGUCAACACAUACAACGACAGACACACCAGAACCUAUUCAGAAAGUUGAAGUUCGUGCAUCCAAAAAAAAAAAAUUCAAGAACCUUUUACCUUUGGCAACAUCUCCAUCACGAAGAAAAAAUCUUCAAUAUAGCACUUUUGACAUUGCGAGAAAAUUAUAUGAUGGUGAUAUAUCGAAAGCGAUGGAAUUUUGGACUGAUAAUGAGCAUAAAGGUCAAAUGUCGAUUGACGAACACGAUAAUAUUGAUAUUCAGACCCCGCUAUCUGUAGAUCUGUUUUUUGGGGAAGGAAAUAAGUCACGAAAGAUAAUUGAGCAAGAAAGAAUUACUAUGGGUUUAGGAGGUUUGGAAGUCAGCCCUGCUUUUCCUCUGCAAAUGUGGUCUAAUAAUUUUGCUGAAUUGAUUAAAAGUUAUGAAAACAAUGACGAAUUUGCCAAUAAAGAUUGGAUACUUCUCGCCCUUAGUCCAUUGGCUGGCCGAGAUGUAUGGCAAUCCUUGAUACGCCUUCAGGCUGAGAAACUUGUAGCUAAAAAUGACCGCCACGGUGCGGUAUUAUGUUGGUUAGCAUGUGGUGAAGUUUAUGAAGCUAUCAAUGUUUAUCGCAAAGCUGAAAUGUAUCGUGAGGCGAUUGCUUUAGCAAAACUUCGUCUGAUUGAUGAAGAUCCAAUUUUUUCGGAUCUAUAUUGUUUAUGGGCCAAUCAAUUAGAAAAAGAAGAGGCAUAUGAGCAGGCUGCAAUGUGCCAUUUAGCAGCAAAAAAGGAUAAUUCAAUCCAUCAUGCGUUAAACGUUUUAUCACGUCGUGGUGAUCCCUCAGCACUACGUACUGCAGCCAGUUUAGCGUUGAUGCUUGGAGAUUCAUCCGCAGACGAAAGAAUAUCAAGAUAUUUUGAAGAUCAAGAAAUAAGAAGCUCUAAAAAAAGCAACUAUGUUGAGCCAGAUAAUGUGAAACCAUUUGAAGAGUAG